UGUCACUGCCGUUAUCGUGUUCUGUUAUUGGCAGGAAACGAGAAAGAAUUAUAAAUUCUUGAAUAAACAAAUGUUGAUAAAAUUCAAUGCAUUGUUUCACAAAUCAAGAACCUCUCAGUUUUAAUAAAAUAUUAAAAAAUAUUCACCGCAUUUCACAGCGUAGUUGACUACAGAAAUUAAUUGUACUGAGGGUUUAUAUGUUUACGAAGGUGCAUUUAAUUUGUAUUACACAAUGGCGAGCCUUCAUAGCAAUAGAAGACUAAUCAACGAUAUCUGUCGAUUAUGUUUAAAACAAGGGAAUGCCAUGCCCUCGAUAUUCGAUGAAAUUAAUCAGCAAACCCAUAUGGCGGUACUUGCCGAGAAGAUAACCUCAAUUGCGAGUGUGGAGAUUACUCCUACCGAUGGUCUCCCAAUGUCAAUAUGCCAAAUGUGUCGACGUCAAGUGAAUCAAUUUCACGAAUUUCGACUUCUCGUGGAGAUGUCAGACAAGGCAUUGCGAGCCUGUCUCAAAUCAGCCCAACUACAAGAACAAUCCGAGGUAAUGGAGAUGGAAAUGUAUAAAAACAUGGCAGAUCUCGAGUACAAAGAUAUUUUGGGCCACGGGAAUGACGAAUACCCCAUGAAAGACAUGAUGAAUUACGCCUUGCUGGUACCCACGAACGAGGGAUUCCAGGUUUGGAAGAUCAACGACGUCGAGCCGAACCAAGAGGUCGAUAGGCUAGGCAAAAUCGAGUCAUCGAUAAAAAGAAACAAAGACGAAUUGAAUAGAGUCCAGAAGUCCCUCCACAGCAAGCCUAUCGUGGAGCCGAUACAGUUGCAACAGCCCUGUGAUUUUCUCAGGGCCUAUGUCAACGAGGAGGUCGACGACAAGGAUCAAUCCUUUCUCAACAACAUGACGAGUUGUCAGUUGUGUUUCAGUGAAUUUGGAUCGCUAGACGAUCUCAAGAAUCACAUAGCUGAGCAUUGUCUCACCUCCGAAAAUGAGUAUCCCGAUCCCGAGAGCAACCUCACCAACAACCAAAUAGUUUCUUCAAGUUCCCUGACGGAGCCAAGUGACGGAAUAUUCCCACAAUCCGUGGCAUUGCCCUCGCAAAAAGACGCAAGAAAGCCCCAGAAAUGUAAGUUAUUCAAGUGUCGUUACUGCAGCAAAUCUUUCAGCAAAAUAGUCCUGAAGAAGCACCACGAACAGUGCCAGAUAAAAGAAGUGCAACUCAUCUGCACCGAGUGCGGGGAGAAAUUCACAAAGAGAUCUGAACUGAGGCAUCACAAGGGAACACAUCUGACUUUACCCCUGAUGUGUUCAACCUGUGACAAAGUCUUCCGAAAUGUUCAGUCCUUCAAAAUGCACAUGAAGAGACACACCCUGGGGAGCCGUUACAACUGCGAGACGUGCGACAAGAGCUACUACACGAAUUCCGAAUUGGCGAGACACGUUCAGAAGCAUCAGGAGAAACGUAAAUACCCAUGUCACCUUUGCGAAACAUCAUUUUUGUCUAAACCAGAAUUGAAUAGGCACAUGAAGUAUCACAAUGGGGUUAAAAAAUUUGAAUGCAACUUGUGCCGCAAAUCAUACUAUGAGUCCGGACAUCUGAAGGUGCAUCAGAGGGUUCACACGGGAGAGAGACCUUUUGUGUGUCCAGUUUGUAAUAAAGGUUUCGUUACGAGAUCAAAAUUAGCGAGGCACAGCAAGGUGCACAUUAAAGAGGACGCACUCAGUUGAUUUUCCUUGUGAUGGGCUUUAUAAUGCAUUUGAUAUUAAAUUUGAUUUGAAUUAGUUAUAUCAGAAAAUGAACAUAUACUCGAGAAUAUUUAUAUACUGAGGAUACGGCAUGCGGUGCACCAUGGAAUGUGCACUUGGCAUUAUAUAUUUUUGCAAGUUAAGUAAAAUGUUAAAAAAUUCAAAACCGAUUGAACCUCACGAUUUGUAAAUAACAAAACUGUUGUUUGCUUCUGAACGGAAGCAUGGUAAUCAUUGAAAUAUAUCUUUUGUGCGAUA